GAUGAAGCCAUGUCAGAGGUCCUCACAGUCGAGGCUGUUUUGUUUGGGCUCUUGGUCUUUUCUGGCACCUUGGGAAACAUCUUGGUCAUCCAUGUGGUGUUUAAAUCAGCUGUCGAGAGACAGCCUUCGGUACUCCCUCCCUCUGACACUCUUUUGGUGCACCUGUCGCUGGCCAACCUGCUGACCUCGCUUUUCCGCACAGUGCCUAUCUUUGUGUCUGACCUGGGCCUGGAUGUGACGCUGUCUCCAUGGUUGUGCAGAGUCUUCAUGUUGCUGUGGGUGUGGUGGCGAGCUGUGGGCUGUUGGGUGACUCUGGCACUUAGUGUCUUCCACUGCACUACCCUGAGGCGACAGAAUGUGUCCUUUGGACCUCUUGCACAGCGGAGGGAGAGGCAUCGGGUUUGGAUUGUUCUAGGGCUGGUGUGGGGGGCAAAUCUGGCCUUCUCACUUCCAGCUCUGGCAUAUACCACUCAUGUUACUGGCAACGUCACUGUGAAGCUGAUGGUGAUCAGCUGCACCACCAGGCCUCUGCUGGGCUGUGUCUGGGAGUUCCCCUCCGUUGAACAGGGCGCAGCCUUCGCUUCCACCUCGCUGGCACUUAAUGAGGUUCUGCCACUUGUGCUGAUGGUUUACACCAACGUCGUCACACUUCAUGCUCUGGCCAAACACAUCCGAGCUGUUACCUCAGGGGGAGAGUCAGGAGGAACCCAUGGGGAGCUGGACAAACAUGUGUCCACUGAACGCAAAGCAGCUCAUGUAAUCCUGGCGCUAGUGUCACUCUUCGUGGUCUGCUGGGUGUUACAGGUUGCUGCAGUGACGUAUUAUAACCAUAAUAGGGGACAGCACGCUGAAGGGCUGCUGACUGUGGCCCAGUUCUCUGCGUCGCUGUUUGUAGGAUUCAGUCCCAUUGUGGUGGCCCUUGGACAUGGUAAGCUGAGAAGGAGAAUCUUGAGAAUGACAAUGGGGUGGUCUAAAGCUCUAAAAUGUCACAGUGAUGACACUAAUGAGGGGGCGAAAUCACAAAAGGCUAAAAGAAAGAAGGAAAAACAAACCAUUUUUAUUGUUCAAAAAGAGAGAAAGGUCAUACAAGUGAAGGAGAAAGUUAAAGCAAAUGAAUGAUGGAAGCAAAGUGUGACUGCACUGCAUUGAUACUAAAGUACUGAAAAAUACAAAAAUUUACACCCAAUAAGAACAAAAGCAUCUUCAAUUUGAAUCCAGAAGCGCCACACUGCAUUUCCUCUGGACAGAACUCAAAUAUUAUUUUACUAUACUUCGAGAUAUUUUAAGCCAUUUAAUGCAGGUCAAACUGAGAGACUUUGGCUAGGUCAGAAAUCAUUACAGUGCAAUCACUGACUUGGUUUCUUUUAUCGCUUAAAUACUUUUAUCUGAUCCAAUGAGUCAUUGAUUGUUUCUUUUGAGCUUAGAUGUGUUCUGACAAUUCCUUGAUUUUUCUUCUGUUUGCGCUGUCAGGUUUAUUUGUAAAAGCCAAUAUAUUUUAUUGUUACUUAGCACAAUCAAGACUUCCUGACAGCUCAAACCCAGUCCAAUCUCUAAUACGCCAAAGUGUAGCACAUAGGGAAAAUGACAGAAAGCUCCGCAAGUAAUCCUUAAAAGUUUGCUAUUUGUUUAAUUAUUAUUAACCACUAUAGAUUUCUACAAACAAAUUCAGAAACCCAGCUAUUUCAAAUUGAGAGUAGUCUCCUACUGUCUUAGAAUAUUUCUUCUUAAGAUUUAGCUAAAAUAUUAUUUUGUUGUGUUACACAUAGGAUGACAAAAUAUGAAAUCCUUAGUCAGUAGCCGUCAUGGUAACAACUGUAGAUGGUACAAAACUGUAGAUUUUGCUGAUAACCAUUUAUAAUCUUUAAGGGGUCCACUGUUACAGGGAAUAACAAACACAACACUUUGAUUUUGCUUUCAAAUCACAUCCUUUCUACACUGAACAUAGCAAAAUAUUACACCCAGAUAUUGGCAGGAAAACUAAUGAAAACAUAUUGUAAUAUCAGCUAAAUGAUCAGUUUGAUGACCAUUUGCUCUGACCGUAAA